AUGGAGAGGCUGCCACAAGAGAUCAUUGACCAGAUCAUCGACUACUCACCUUGGCUGACCGGGCGCCGUAGUGCUCCGAAGUUCGUGACGGUUUCCAAGAGAUUCCAACUCUCUAUUGAGCGGCAUACUUUCAGGGAAAUUGACAUCAAUCAUGUCGAACUGGAGCGUUUCGCAGAACUUUUCACCCACCCGCACCGCCGCAAUCUUCUCAAGCAUCUCGGGUUUAAAAUCAAGCUUCUGCUUUGUCGGAAAUAUCCCGAAGCAACCGAGAGAGAGGCCAACAACAAAGUUGCGACGGAUGCCAUUUUCAAACUUCUAAAGUGCUUAUGUCGCUGGAAAAAGAACUGCAGCAUCGGGCUAUUCAUCACAUCUCGUCCUUAUCAACUAGGAUUUUCCGGCACCAAGCUUGAUUACCAGUACGACUAUCUCGAAAUCCUUUACCCCGAGCAGCUGCCGCAAGUCGACUGCAUUCGGUGGCUCUUGUUGAAUAACCCGGAGUAUCGCAAGAAACCGGGUUUCCGCGAGUUCUCGCCAUUGUCGUAUCUGGCACUAGCAACCAGACUUCCCUGUCUCAAAGGCGUCUUUCUGAGUUACACCGAGCCUGGCGAAUUCUUGGCCUUCCGUCAGAGCUUGCGGGAGGAUUUGGUUCAAGCCAUCAACAAGACACCUUCGAUGGCCAAUGUUUACUUUAACAUUCACGGACCUGACUACACCGGUCAUGACCCGCCGAGCCUGGUGCCAAACCAGGAAGAAGACCGGCUUUCUCUUGCUCUACGCCGGUUAGCUGACAGCGUCAAAAGAUUUCGAUACAGUGGUCCGUUGGAUCCUUGUUUCUUUUGGCCUAGUAGUCUCGCGAGAAACCCGCAGCCGUUCUGGCAGGAAGUCACCCUCAUGUCCAUCACCCUCAACCCUGCAGCCCCCUCUGGAACGUGGUACACCGGCAACGGCCCCCAGAAUGGCCAGGAAGCUUUCGCACUUCAUCUCAAAGAUCAGAGUCCUCCUGGCUAUGGGACAGAAGAACAGACCGUCUCGGCCCUUGAAUACCUAUCGGAAUUGACCAAGAAGAUGAAGCCAGAAGUUGCAAAGCGGAAUUUUCAAAGAAUGAAAGCCCCUGAACGAUUCAAUGCGAACCCUGAUACGGUCAUGCCGCUGCUUAGAUCAGUCACCAGGGCCAUCGCCCAGAUGAGAUCCUUGCAGCUCUUCAAGCUACGAGAUGCCGAUAGCCUCAGCACGUGGUAUUCGACGAACUCCUUGAAAGUGGAAUACUUCCUCCCAGGUGUGCUGGACCGAGAGUACAGAGAAGAACUAGAUGGGCUUCCUUUAAACAAGCCUCGAGUUCUACUGCGCGCCCGGGGCCUGGCAGAGUCUGGAUGCUGUGGAAGUGAACUAGAAGAUAUGUUCCGGAAGGUCUCAAUCACAAACCACCACCAGGAAGCGAUUGUGACAUGGAUCUAG